CUCACCACUUUCAGAGUGCAUCUUCUCUCUCAUUUGCAUUUCUUCCGCUUCCUCGUGACAAGAAACACUUCAUGUCAAAGGGCUGUGAGAGAAGAUCAGAUUGGAGAGAAGGAACACACACAGCCUGGAUGGCAGCACAGUGUAGAAUGAGCAGGUACUCAGAGGAUGGGAUGUUCGCUGUAGAAGGCUUUCUAAGCUGGAUAAUUGUCACUGAUUGGAGCGCGCAGCAACACGGUAAUUAGAGACCUGGCACUGGUACAUCACGACAGCAGCAGCAGCGUUACCAUGGAGACUGGCAAGCCAGGAUUGGCGAGCGCGCCGGUGCACAUCAGCUCCGUCGCAGCGCAGGCAGAGAAAAGGAUGGACAUCCAGGCCCCUCUCACGGCUGUUUACAUCCACACAGUGCCUGCUUUACCAGCGCAGCCUUACCCUCAGCCUCCUGCAGCUGCCCGGGAGCCAGCUACACUCCAUCUGGCUAUGCCGCCUCUCUACUCGAAGGAGACGCUUCCCUUUUUGACACUCCAUAUUGCUGGUGGGCUGCAAUCUCAGCCGGGAUUGAGUCUGGCAGCUGCUGUUCCUGCAGUCAGACCCAAGUCUGCAGGAAAGCAUGUGUGUCCACACUGCGGAAGGGACUGCAUGAAGCCCAGUGUGCUGGAGAAGCAUCUCCGCUGCCACACUGGGGAGCGGCCUUAUCCCUGCAACACUUGUGGAGUUUCUUUUAAGACUCAGAGCAACCUCUACAAACACAGACGUACUCAGGCUCACGCUCGCCUCUCGUCCGAGUCAGAGCAGAGCAGCCUGAGCAGCCUCGACAGCAUGUCCAGCUCAAGAGAGACUUGUCCCUCCAGUUUGUCUUUGGAUGAGUCGGGCAGCGUGGAGAAGGAUGCUACACUAACUGCUGCUGAGAGCGCCAGUCCAGUUAGUGCUACAAGGACCUUCUCUGUAAGAACGCAAGGUUCUGUCAGCGAACACAAUGAGCUGGUCCUCACAGGUCACAAUACAAAACCAAAUGAAAGUGAAAAGGCAGCAAAGGAAGAGGAAAAACAGAGGCUGGAAAAACCUCCUCUGACCGGUAGUCGACAUCUUCCCCUCCAGAGACAAGAGGCCACUCUGUUCUCCAAGCAGUGGGAGAGUUCUGUGUCCAGAGGGAAAUCCCAGAGUCAUGAGAGCACAGACUCCGGCUUCAGCGAGAGCAGCGACCAAUACCUGAGCCCCAGCAGCAUUUUACCGGACCACAGCAUGGAUUCCCUCGCUGAGUCCACCAAGGAGCAUCUUGAAGAACCCAUCGGCACAGACGCACCUUCAGAAACAGGCCACGGUGGACAGGAGCCUAAAGACACUGUGAGGGAGCAGGAGACACUGGAGGAGCGCAUAUCGAAGCUGAUUUCAGAGAAUACAGCUGUUGUGGAGGACAAACAGCUGGAGAAUGUCAGACCACGGAAGACAGUUCUGUCAAAGCAGGGCAGCAUCGACCUCCCCAUGCCGUACACGUACAAGGACUCCUUUCACUUUGACAUGAGGAUCAAUCAGAGUCAGAGUUUCGGCUUACAAAGAAACAGAAAGCCAGAGUUGUACAGCUCUGUGCCCACUCAGCACUCCUCCGCCAUGGAGCAUGCUCCCUUAACCCGCAGCAACUCCCUCCCGUUCAGCGUGACCCUCCUGCAGCCUGAGAGGAGCAGCCCAAACUCCUCCUAUCACAGCGAUUAUGUAACACUCGCCCGGAGGGGAAGCUCUGGCCAGAUCAACCCAACAGGUUUCACGAUGAAGCCUGUGAACCAGCACUCGUCCACCCACCGCCCACUAGUCCGGCAGACAGCCGUAGACUGCAACCACGCAACAGACGGUCUCUUCAGGAAUUCAUCUGUGGAGGAGGCGUGCACCAGCAGUCUCAGCUGCGAUGGGGACGGCGGUGACAUUUGUGGAGAGCCAAGCAACAGAAAGUUCCGGAGGAAGAAAGCGCAGAAGUUUGCCUACAACAAGUGGUACAUGUACGGGGGAGGAACAUUCAAAAAGCUCUACAAUGCUGAGAAGAGUGGUGAUAACAGUGUUAUCAAAGGCAGGAAAUGCUCGACAAACCCAGAGCACGAGGUGGUUCAAGGUCUACAGAAGAGGCUGUCAGUGGUUCAGAAGGAGACGUUAACAACAACUGGCUCAACAAUCCACUUAACAAACACCAGUGCAGCAGUGGGCCACUCAGGCGGCCCUCCCAGUCUACCCCCCGUCCCCGCUGUGGACUGUAAUCUACAAACCAGUCACCUUAAUUCAUCGUGCAGCUCUCUCAAGGCUCCACUUCGGAGGAAUUUGUCUUUGUCAGUUCUACCAUUACCUUCCAUUGGAUCACUGGUUAGUCACAAAACAGACGGUGCAAACAGACCAGAGGCUGGGAGGCUGAUGAAUGAAGAAAAACGUCCUGACUCUGCAUCGCAGCUCUGCGCUGUCCAUGUUCCCUCAGACAGGAAAAAGCAAAGAACUGAUGACAAAAUCCUUUUCCCUCUGGAGAUGAAUCCUGACCCAAACACACUGACUCAUCCCCCUCCCUCUGUUUCUGGAAGCGUGUCUAAGCAGGAUACCAAUCUCACUUAUAUCCGCCUUCAAGAAAAUCCAAAACACACUCAGCUCAAAGCAGCUCUUUUCCCACCAUGCAUAAUCAAUGCAAAUGCACCGUCUGUUAGCACCUCUCCAGCCACUUCCAUCCCCCCUGCUGCCAAGAACAGCUUCCUGCCCAAGUACCAGCUCAAGUUACCUAAUGCUGCUGAACCUGAUUCAAAUCCUUCACUGCAGGUUGUAGAUAACCUGACAAGAACUGAUGGUGGCACUUUCACCUCUCCUCCCACUGAGCAGACCUCGCCCUCCAUCACAACUUGUGAAAAGAGCUGUAGGGACACCAUCACUUCACCAGUCAUGCAAACUUGUGAUACCAAGAAGACAAGGGCUUUAAUUUCUCCACAAGACAAGCUAGCCCUGCCCUGCACAGUCACAGCUCUUUGUCAGUCACAGCUCAGUCAAACUUCAGCGCCUAGUUUAGCUGUAGUGCACAGGCAGUUUGCAGCAACCACAAUAACCACAAGCUGCCUACAAGAUUAUCAGGCAGGAUUAUGCAGCACUUUGAUACAGUCUUCAAAAUCUGCAGUUCCUAUGCAGUCACCCAAACCUGUUGCACCUGCAGUAGUGAACUAUCCUACAACAUCCACCGUAACCACAGCAAACAAUCAGACAUCUGCUCAAGAUUGCCUUAGCCCUCCUUUGUCGCACACACAUCAAUCAGCAGCAGCAGACUCGUCAAACCCUGGAAGCAGAGCCCAUGUCGGCCCAAACACGCCACUCGUACCGUGUCACGUGGUACCGUUUGACCCGGUGCAGCCGGCUGCUCAGAAUGUGUUUCAUGUCCAGACAGCAGACCUCCAGAUCUGCCUCCAGAUCAUAUCUGAUGAGCAGCUGGCCCUCAUUGAACCUCAGAUUGAGCGACCAUCAGGUUCACAGAGAUGCGACACAGAAGCCACACAAGUUGUUCAGAAUAAGGCUCAAAGCUUCGUCACUGUGGAAAGUAGCAACGAGAGAAGAGACCGCGAACAGCCAGCUCAUGAAGGAGAUGAUAAAAGUGAGUCUUUGCCCCCAGUUAACCCAAAGAGAAUAACAUCUCCACUGUCUGGACAAUCUGGAAAAGCAGAAACAGAUCUUCAGCUCACUCAGGACAGUAGUUCCAGCCAGCCUGCAGCACCACCUGAUUCUAUUCCUCCUGAAACUCUGGACUCGUCGCUACACCCACAAAAACACGGUCAUGUAAACACAGUCACAGAGACUCAGAACUCUGCGGGCGAUGUUAUGUCAACUGCCACUUCACUCAGAGGUGUAAAGUCAGGAAGGAGCCAAACUUUAGAGGAGCAACAGGCCCUUUCUCAGAAUCGUGCUGAGGAGAAACUUUUGCCGGACAGGAAGGUCAGCCAAGGUGGAGCGGCCUCACAAACACUCUCCAGCCAACACAAGCUCAGCGUGAGCUCUCCUUCCACCAGCACAGUAAAUCAAAAUAGCAUGAAAAGAGAAGCACCGAGCCAACACAAACUUAAAAAUCAAGGAGCCUCGUGUAAUGUAGGCACAACGAAUGCCAAGCGUGAAACCUCGGCGUACAAAAGCAGCAGAUUAGAAAGCGGAGAAUCCCUCAGUCAGGCCGCCGGUGCUGCAGGCGCUGAUAAACCGUCACUUUCUGUCAACAAAUGCAAAACUUUAAGACGUUUGAACCCACAAGCAUCAAUCUACUGCAGCGAUCAAGUGGAAUCUACGUUAUCUGACAAUCUGACUUCAUCCAAAUGUUCGAACACGGGAUGUGGCGUAGCAGGAAGUCCAGAUGAGUCUGUCCCUUUAGUGGAAAUCACCCCACGUGAUUCACAGGAUGUCAUCAGUUCUGCCCCCUCAGACAGACGGUUUACAUCAGUGUCUUCUACCAUCCGGCUGGAAGAACCCAAAGACGCUCCAGCUGCAAGCAUCCAGAGCCCAGCCGCAGGCCGAAUGGAGGGAGCCGCCCAGGUGGGAUGUGAAGCCCAGAAGGAGACACAGGAACAUGCAGGGACUCCUGGGCGGCCGGAUAGCGCCGCCUGGAGGCCGAAGCAGAGCCAAGAAGCCGGAGAGACACACCAGCAGCACUGGGAGGAGCAGAGUGGUGGUGGGGCGAUGGGAGAGGAGACAGACGGGCAACUAAAGACGGCUAAAGUGUCAGCACAGUGGGACAAGGGAGAAGACAGAAAGGUCAAAGCAGAUUCCUGUAAGAACUCCUGGCUAUCCGAGCAGCAUCUUCAGCAUCUUUCCCAGACGCACUCAGGAAUGUCUGAAUACCCUCCACGGAGCCCUCAGCAAGCUCCGAGCUCGUCAAAUAACCUCCAUUUAUCCGCCAGCAGCAUUCAGGCGAACCUUUUCAAUUCGCCACAGCCUCCAGUGGAAAUGAACCACUUCUACGUCUCGCAGCAGAGCUGGGAGGACGGCGGCGGCAUCCACAACCAACAGACACAGGUUCAGCUGUCGGAGAAAGAUUUUUCAAGAACUGAACCUUAUCUUCAACAAUCUCUAACAUUCUCGCACCAGGAACAAAACAGCACCAUUCAGCAAGGAAACAGUGCUGCAGGUACCAACAGCACAGCAGGAAGCUUUAGCAGUAAGUCAGGAGAUCACAAAGACCCAAACCUCUCGUCUGAUGUCGGAUUAUUAUCCUCCACACACUGCAGCCAAGCAUCUCAAGUCUGUAGAGCUGCUGCUGGAUUUAUGGGCGAAAUGUCAAAGAACAACCAGAAUGCCGGGUCUCCAUCGAGGCCUUUUGCUUACCCAGAACCUGAGGAGAAGCAGGACAGUAUAGAUAAGCCACUCAGUGACUACACAAGUCACAGCAGCAACUCUGGGAGACCUGACUUUACCAACAAAUACCAGUCCAUCUUCUUGACUGGAUCGCUUCCUGGCUACCAGCCUGAGUGUCUAAGCGGCGGCGUGAGGCCCGUGCAGAGCUGCCAGGACUACACAGAAGACACCAGCAGCAGUGACGACGAAGGGAAACUCAUAAUUGAGCUUUAAGCGAGAGCUGAACGUACAACGUGUGCUAUCUGAGAUGUUUUUGCUGUAGAUAUAUGUUUUGCAGAGGCACAGCUGCUCUGGAGGUAGAAAUGAUAUCACUGGUGGACGGAGCCCAUUUAACUCAAAAUAUACAUAAAGUGGAAAAGAAAAUGAUUGAAAUAUUAAAACAUUAAAAACAAACUAAUGCUG